AUGGGUCGAUGGGGCUGGCGUCUGUUUGAAAGCGACCAAGACCUCGACGUCGCUAUUGCCUUGUCCAACGACAAUCUAGGUAUCACGACCGGUCACUGGGAGCACAGGUUGAGUGCGAUGGUUCAUCAAACAGACAUGCUGGCACCGCAGGAGGCCGUGGCUCUCUACAGUACCACGGAAUAUGCCUACUCGCUAGCUAACGUCACCAUCCCGUACGUCCGCCAGAAACUGGACACGGAUAACCUUGGAGAGCGGAUGUUUACUGCCAGUCGUGCCAUGGAAUCGGACCCGGACGACCUCUUCCAAGAAUCCAAGUACCGCACCAUCAUUCUGGGUGCUCUCAUGAUGCGUGCCGGUGCUCGCAUCAACCGAGCGGAUUUGCAGCAUCUUCGUGAUCUAGUGCCCCAAAUCAACUGCACCUCCCGCCGAACAAUCUUCGAGGACCACGGCUUCAGAGCUCCGGGAAAGGCUCAGUUUCUGGCCGCCUUGGAUCACUACCAGCCCGGCGUUCCACGUAACUUCCAAGACCCUAGCUGCUUCAAGUGUGGAAAGAUCGAGGAAGAUAUCGGACACAAGCCUCUGAAAUGCAAGAAGUGCAAUUUUGCGAUGUACUGCAGCAAGGUAGGCAAGAUGAAAACCAAGUUCAGUUCACGGGUAUUGAUUCUUCAUAGGACUGCCAGCGUGACCAGUGGCGCGAACAUCGAGUGA